ACGCGACGCAGUCCUUUAGGCUGACGUAUACAGGAAACACGAACAGCCUUCAAAAAGUGUCUGAAUGAAGCAGAUUUCUGCGUUUAUUUUCCUCAUGAGUUAAUUUUUAUCGCCGAAAACAUGCAAACGUGGAGUCUUGUGGCGCUAUGUGUGUUACUCGGCGUUGUAGCGAGAUGGGGCGUCUCGUUGAAUUCAUACUCAGGUAGGAAGUGUGUGUGUGUUUACAUGUGGCAUCAUUCAGAGACUAUGAAACUCACUUUAAAACGUGUUUACUGUGUCUGUGCCGCGUGUUUUAUCUCCUUUAGGCUAUAAGCAGAAAGAUGGUCUUCUAAUAACAGUGUAGGGUUGUUCAUGGCUGGAUCAAUUCUCCUCUGUUGUGUUGUUUACAUUCAUUCAUCCAUUCUGUCAUUCAUUCAUGCAGCUUCCUCUUCACAAGACUAACAGCUGAGGUAUUUUUUUCCCUCCAGGGGCGGGGAAACCUCCCAUGUUUGGAGACUAUGAAGCUCAAAGGCACUGGCAAGAAGUGACCUACAACCUCCCUGUGCAGGAAUGGUCAGUGUGAAGCUUCAUGUGUUUACUCAGAGGAGCAGGUGUGAGGGAACAAAGAGGAAACACUAAAACCAUCAGACCCCCAGAGGCAGGGCGUUUAGAGGAGUCAGGGGAACGAAUAUCCACAACACUACAAGUACUGUAGGGCUAAGGUCAUCUGUUGUAUUCUUAAAGGGGUAUUACGGCGUAAAAUUAAUUUAGGGUCAAACACACCAUAACACCGAGUUAGACACCCCGUUGAGAGAUGAACGUUGCCAACCGCUUACUUCUCUAGUUAUACCAACUUUAGCAAUACACAGCGGUCUGAGGAGCCAUCAACACACCUCAACCAAAACACCACUCUAUAGCCACAAAUAAUGCUCAGAACAGCACCUAACUUUCCAAAUAUAAGAUUUGAACUGAAGUGUAAACAUACUGUAUAAUCUUCCAGUUUUCUUCUCUAAAGGCCUAUUGUAUAAUUUUAAGAAACAGCAUAGUUCAUAUAAAUAGUCUUGAUGUAUAAGUAGGGUUUAUCUACCUUAUACUAGUACUUGGAUCUGUUCAGACAACACUAAUCAAGUUGUUUAGUUUAUAAAAAUGGCUGCACCUUAAAUUAAUCUUAACAUUUGUGCUCACCCAGGUACUUCAACACCACUAACAAUGAUCUGUACUACUGGGGUCUGGACUAUCCUCCUCUAACUGCCUAUCACAGCCUAAUCUGCGCCUAUAUGUAAGUAUAUCAUCCAAGUAGCUUCCAUAGCUAUUCAGAUGAGCUACCAUACUUUCCAUUUGAAGAGAUUUUGUGUAUAUAAAAAGGAAAAAAAAACUCACUCUCUUUUUUUCCGUAGAGCCAAGAUAAUAAACCCUGAAUGGGUGGAGCUGCACAAAUCAAGAGGCUAUGAAAGUCCAGCACACAAGUUAUUCAUGAGAGCAACAGGUACAGUAAUACACAAAGGAGCGUGAAGUGAAGUCCCCAUGAUCAUCCAUGUUUAUUUACUUUUGCAGUUGCUAAGAUGAUGAUUUUUGACUCCUUUGUCUUUCAUUUCAGUUCUGGUGGCAGAUUUGUUGAUUUACAUCCCUGCUGUGGUUUUAUACUGCUUAUACCUUACUGAUGGAUCACCUAAGAAAAAGGUAACACUCUUGCUCUGAAAUGUAGCAGUUUCUUUUUUUUUCAGCAGAAGACCUAAAUGAGCCACAUUGUCCUGUAAAUACAAUAAGUACUGUCAAUCCAGAAGGAUAAGUUGGGACAUCUGCUGUGCCUGAAAACAGUUGUAGCAAGCAGACAUUGAAUUUGGUCGAGUUAGUGUCAACAAAGAGGUUACUUAGGAGGUAUUUCAAAUGUCUGCAAAAACUUUUUUGGAUUUUUUAUUGUCUCAGAAUCUUCUGGUUUGAUUUGUUUAUUUAUUUUUUAGAUAUUUACUGUCUUAAAACUUACAAAAACUGUUUUCCUUCAGGUUUCUACACUGCUCGCCUUUCUCCUUUACCCGGGACUAAUCCUCAUUGACUACGGGCAUUUUCAGUAUCCUUCCUCUACAUGUGCUUUUCGAUUUAUUCACUGUGAAAUUACUAUCGCCCCAAUUUUUGUUUUCCACUGAGUGCCUUGCAGCUACAAGGGAAACAAAGCAAGCUGAUAGUUCAAUAAAUAAGCCUGUGUUGAAAUGUAAGAUUUACUUAUCUGUUAGAUCCAUCAUCCACCACUUAUUGAAACACCUUGAGACUUUGUUCUUUUUUUGCACCAUUAUUAGACAUUAACAAGGAAACUGAAAUCUGUUUGGGGGUUUAAAAUACAAUAGCUUAGCUGUUGUCUUUAUAGGUACAUGUCACAGGCAAGAACAUUCAGUUCUUUGGCCAAACAAAAAAAAAGGAGCAUAAAAUCUGACUUAACUCUAUCAGGUACAAUGCAGUGAGUCUUGGCUUUGCCCUGUGGGGUGUUCUGGCCCUGGGUCUGGGCUGGGAUGCGUUUGGCUCCAUGGCCUUUUGCCUGGCUCUGAGCUACAAACAGAUGGAGCUGUACCAUGCCUUGCCCUUCUUCUGCUACCUGCUGGGGAAGUGUGUGAAACUGGGCCUGACAGGGAAAGGGUGAGUCUGUGUGUGUUUGUGUUGUUUUCUUUCUUAUUCGCUCAACAGUUAUUCCUCUACAGUUUCAGGCAGACCUCAUGAAGACACGAGAAUUGGGAAACUCGAGUUAGAUACGAUACAAUACAAUGCAUGAGGGGUAAUGUAUAGUGAAUGGGUGGUUGUGCAAAAUGGAUCAUAUUGUGCAUAACCACCCAUUAAGUUUAAUCAAUAUUGCUUUUUAUCUUUGAUUUUAUUGAUUUACAAAGUAUAAAUUCUGCUAACAGCCCCUCAGUUUCGACGACAGGUAGUUCUCUUAUGAUAAUGGUUUUCAUAUCAGCCUGGUUUAGGGUUGAACUAACAUCGAUUGAACUGAUUUGUUUCAUUGUUAUCCUAUUUUACUAAUACAAAGUCAAAUUCAACAUUUUCAUGCAUAAUAAAGUCAAAAAUAUUAGUGUUUUUCUGUUUUGUUUCCAUUAGAUGAAGAAAAUAACAGUAACACUUGUGUUAAGUUCUCUACCGUAUCCUAUUCUAUAUCCUGGAAUAGUAUAUAGUACAGUAUGGUACAAUUUGGUGCAGUAAAUUGGGUCACAAUUUGAUACAGUAGAUACAACAGUUUGCCCAAUAAGAGCAUUGUUACGAGACGAUCAUGUAACAUGUGACACACCUGAUUUCUGAUUACAUUAAAUCAAAAUAUUCCUCUAAGAUUAAGUGCAAAAAGACUGUUGUUAGUGCCACCGUGUUGCGCCAUGAAAUCGUAACAUUUUCAUUGAAAUUGGAUGGGAAAUCUCAAAGUGCUUCUAACUCAAAAUGUUGAUGUAUGGCAUCAUCAAUACAAUAAUUGUAUGUACAUUGCCUCAUCAAUACCAUUGGUAUAAACAAGUAUAAGCAUUGGAAAGAGCAGCAACAAGACGUUUCAACCAUUCAUCAAGGUCCUCUCUUAAUUUCUUGUCAUCCAUUCGUACUGUGUUUACCUCUUUUCCUUUCAGUUGUGCAGAAAAUGUGACUUGAAAUGAGGGGGAAUAAACAAGUUAAUAUUCAGUUUUACAGAUAUGCUUUGGUGAGAUUAGAAAAAAGCCUAGAGGGCUUUUUUAAAAAAGCAGACUCACAGUCUUGCCAAAAAUUUAUGAGCGCUACUUUGCUGAGGCUCCUAAAACUCCUAGAUUGUAAGAAACCAGUUGCUGACGGUUAUAGACAUCGCGUGCUAACAGUCACUAAUGGAUUAACCGUGUGAAAGAUGCCUUGAAAGAAAUGGGGCAGUUAAAAAUAAAACUUUGUGAUUUUUUGAAAGAGAAAAAAACAAGGAAACCUCAGAGUGUACUAUCCAGAAAUUAUAUGAGCGCUCAAUAAAUUAUCUGCAGGCGAAACAGACGAUUUAUUUUUGUGCCUGUAAAGUCAUAAUUAUUGGACCCUGUGUUGUUUUGUCUCUGCUUUGAAAUGUCAACUGUGUGCUCAGAGUAGAUGGGUAACGUCAGUGUAUAAGCGAGCCGUGUCCUCAGGAGAGCCGCAGAAUGACUGAGGUAAUCAGAUUGGAUGCUGUUACUGGUGUGUCCAGUGUCUGUUUAUCUAGUAACAAUGUACCAAGGGCAUUUAGUAGCAAAUGGAGAGCUGGAUUAGAAGAGGCAGGGGGGGAUGGCGGAGGGGGGAAGAUAUGUCCAGAUGACACUCUCGCCAUGCCCAAACUCCUCAGCUAUGCUGUGUGUGCAACUUAACCAGCAGCUUCACAGUUACAGCUGACAAGAUAGACUGACCUACACCGAAGACUUUCAGCUGAUGCAUGGCUUUCACUGCAUUCCCCAGCAUGAGGGUCAAAGCCCAAAUUUAGGACUUGCAGACAGUAUGCACUAAUUGUUUGAGAAGUAUCAGUAGACUGAGGGAGAUUUAUUUUAGUUAUUUUGUCAUGAAAAAAGCUGAGUGUAAAAGCAGAUUUGUUAAAAACUACUUCAAAUUCGAUUGUACAGCUAUAUAAAAAACAAUAUAGUGUUUUUUCAAUAAUAUUAACGACCAAAACAUUAAUAUCAGCUACUGGAAAUGGUUUAGUAUUUAUGUUUAUGUGACUUUUAUUAUGUUUAUUUGAAGGAUAUCCACAAAUCUGUUUUAUAUAUAAACAUUGGAGCAUUUUAAAUCAGAUUUAAUUUAUUUUAUGUGUGAAAGCAUCCGGCCAGUUAAGCUGAUCCUGUUUUAUGUUUUCCGCUAACUUGCACAGCAUCAAUUUUCGACUAUUUUGUAACGAUACGACCAUUUAUUCAAGCACAUUUUUCUGUGUGCAAUAAAUGUAACCCCAAAAAAGCCCAUAAUUUUGAAUCUGUAGGGACAGUGUUACACUAACAAAACUAAUGAAUGCUGAGAAGUUACUCCUCUCACUUCUCCUCUUUCUCUGUGUGUGACCCCUCUCAUGUAGGUUUUUCCUGUUGGCGAGAAUUGGCUUAACAGUGUUGGUGACCUUCGCCCUCUGCUGGCUGCCCUUCUUGCCUGACCCCAGUCAAGCCUUGCAGGUGGUCAGGAGGAUCUUUCCCGUGGCUCGUGGUCUGUUUGAGGUACAGUGGGGUUACAUUAAUGAAAAUUUAGCCUGAAACCCAGAACCACACUAAGGGGUUUUAUGCCACCUCUGAGCUGCAGUCUUAUCAAGAAAACAUUUGUACUCUCUGUCAUGCAGGCCUCUAAAAAUAGCAGUGUCUAACUUGCAACCCCAAUGUAUCACAAAGAGAAACAAGAAGGAGAUAAUACUGUAUCUCCUGACACAAAGAUAUAGGACUUCAUAACAAAUGUUAGCCCAGUAUGGCCUGGAGAUCUUAUACAUUUCUUUAUUCGCUCCCACUGAAGCCUUGCUUGCCCUUGAGGUGUUGCAGAUGUUUAUCCUCUUCUAGAGUUGUGCAUGGAGGAGCUUUAUGGAAAUUUCUGUAUGAAUGUGACUUUAAUUAUAAUAAUUAAAUGUCCUGAAAUUCAGAAUACCAUCAGAGGAAUUAAACUGGAAAUGUAUGGCAUUUUAAUUCAAUAAGCUUAAAGAAUUUUAUUCCGUGGCUUAUAUGACAAAACAUAUCUGGUGUCAUCUUUUCUUAUGAUUCCAUCCAACAGAGAUACUGUUGUGUGUCUGUUUACCCUAAAGCCCCUAUCGUUUAAUAACUGUUCGACAUAAGUUUGUGGCUCCUUUUCAUGCAAAGAUGACCUCGGGAUGUUUGUUAUAUAAAUAUAAAGUAGAAAAUCUUUAUGUUAACUCAUUGAUCAAAGUCAGGGCCUGUAGGAAAAAGAUUCAAACGGAAGAGGGGUUAGGGAAGGGUUUUGUUAUUUUUCUGCUGAAGGGAGAGGCUGUGUUUUUCUGUAGUGGUGUUAAUCUUUAUGUGUCAGCUCUUCAUUCAUAAACAGCCGUAAUUUCUCCAUCUCCUUAUGUUUGCUGUUAAUAUAUUGUUUUGAAAUAUUUGGUUUUAGGAUAUUUACACUAUUCUUACACCUGAAUCCACGGGCAGUAAAGGUGAAAUACACAUAUUCAAACUAAAAUAAUGACAUAUUAAGGAUCCCUUCAAGGGCUCGUUUCCACCAAAGGCUUUUUUUUUUUGCACCUACUUUCUACAUAAAACCAACGCAGUUCAGUGUUUUCAGUGCUCAGUGCACCAAGUGCCUUGAGCAUCAGCUAUGUUUUUACUGCUGCGCUAACAGUUGGAAUAAGGAAGGCUUUUCUUUCACCGACCAAUCAAAACUGAGCAGGGGCUGGACUUCCUGAUUAAUACUGUCAAUAAUAAUGACAGAGGGAAACUAGCCACAUGUGAUGCUAACCAUACUUUCAUAUUUCCAGGGCACAAAUUUCAGGUUUGAAGCUGCUGCUAAUGCUAAUGCUAAGACAUCAUUUCUAUUAACUAUUUUUUUUACCAUUUCUUUAAAGAAUUACAUUGAAUAAAAAACAAAUUUAAGACCUACAGAGUAAUUAAAAACAGAUUUAAGAAGCAUGAUGAGUACUGCAGCACAAAAACGCCAUUAGUGGACAUACUGCCAAUAUUGCAUGUAACAGCAGGAAUUAAAUAAACACAAAGAGGUGUCCUCAGUUCACCUAUUAUAGAGGAAAUUGUGUUAGAACAACACAGCAAGAGAUCACUUUAAAAGUAAUAUGGUUACAGAGGGAGGCUGCUUGGUAUAAACGAUUCUAAGUGAUGUCUUUAUUGGACAGGAUUUUUGUUUGUGUCUAAAUUUAUCGUCUAACUCCUCGCUCACAGCUAUAUAAAGUUACAACUUUCCCAGAAAUUCUUUUAUAGGAUGUUUACAAAAAGGAUUCAGAGCACGUGUCUGUGCUUUUUAUAAAAGUCAUACACGAGCCCUGUGGGGCUCCUGCCCUUCACGUCAGGACAAGGAUCCCCUUCAGUAUCAAACACAGAAAUUAAAGUGGUGAAAGGUCAGGAGAUCAGUUCCAGUCUGUGUCAGGAAGGAGUCGGUUUUUGGGAUGUAUGGCAAAUCAAACUAAUUUAUGAGGAGGAUGUUUUCAGCACUGUGUUCAGCUCUGUGAACUGAUAACUCAGGCUAACCCUACACUUUAAGGAGUAUCAGAGCACAUACAACAACUGCUGCCUGUUGCACAAAGCAUAGAGGCAAUUUAGAGGAAGGUACUCUGAAAGUUAGAACUUCAUAGCCAGCUUUGCUGCUGUUCAGCUUUUUCUGAGGAGGAAAUCUAAGCUACGGGACAGAAAAACAGACAGGGAAAAUAGAGAAAGGUGCAUGUCGGAGAGAAAAUGACACUAAGUAAAUUAAAAGUACUCCCCUGUUUACAAAAUUAAAACACGAAAUACUCCACAAUUUUUCGUAUAAGUUGAAGACAGUCAACUCAAGACCGUCAUAACAGAAGGAGGAGUUAGGUUUAGGUUUUGCAAAAAGCAGGAUAACUCAGCUCCUCCGAUUACAUUAAAAACAGCAUAAAAAAAAUCAUCUGACAGACUGUAACCAAACAACAACAAUCUAUAGUGGUCAGGAUGGAAGAAUUUAUACACACUACAUCUAUGCAACUCUGAAUGUAGUUUAAAAAAAUCUUAAAAUAAUGCACAUUAAACUUUGAAGCUGUGGUUUGUCAGACAUUCAUGUAAGAGAAAAGGAGACAGGAAUAUGAUAUUCAUUUAAAAAUAAAGCGAUAGUUUACGGCGAGAAAAGUCUUGAGUGUGAGGUGUUGAAAGCUGUCAGAGAUAAUGUAACUGUGUGUGUUUCUGUGUGACUGACAGCUCGGAGGAAAAGCUUUGCAGCUCUCAUGUCAGAAACCCUGUACCCCCCCAACACCCGAGGUGGCACCCUCCACAAGGUGUCACGGAUGUGAGAAGUAAUUGAAAAUUCUACCAGGGGGAGCAGAUGGCAGCGCGCGCUGCGGCAGUAGUUGUUCAAGCAAAUGAUGCAAACAUAAUACACAGGGUGUGAGAGACACUAUACACCCCUGUGACGACAGCAUGAGAGGCUGCCGGGGGCAACUCGUCCUGGACUAAUUGUGAAAUUGUGCACGUAAGCAGAAGCUUUGGACAAGGGGACAGGGGUGAAAAGGGGGUCCUGGGAUAGGAGCGGAAGAGGAGGGGGCUGCUGACUGGUGGUCGUGGCAGCUUCUGAGCGGGAGCAGUUGUAAGUUUACCCACUGAGCCGCAUUCUGGCGUCUCACAUUGCUGCCUGCUCACAAAAAUGGUACCGAAUGCGUCUCCCUGUGAAAUUCCUUGCUAGCUUAUAGGUGAAGGUGCCGCCCCCCCCCCUCCCCUUUUAUUCAUGUGUUGCCUUCAGGAACGUUCCCGCAGCAGUUAUUUGAAGCAGGGAGAGAGAAAGGAGCUGAGACGACACAACAGUGGCUAGUCUGGUCUGUUGCUGCUGACUUGACUGGCUUUAAGAUCCACACAGCUGUGCAGAGAGCAGCUGUAGACCAGAGAGAGUGAGAGGAGGCCAGAAAUAGUUUUUCUAGACAGGGCCACACACUGAAUCCAUUCACAGCAGAAUCAUAAAGCUGAUCUCAGAGCGCUGUCUCUGUGUCGUGUGAUAUCAUGGUGCACGGCGGUGGCUCGGGCCUUCGUAUCAUCUGAUCCCUGCACAACUGCUUAAGUACUUAAAUCAACUGAAUCUCAGAGCAGUGCCCUCCUCAGCUCCUCUUAACCACAAAUACUUUUGGACGGGUAUUAGACUUCUAACAUUUCUUCCACAUCAUUCACAAAGCUGGAAAAUCAGAUUGUUAUGGGUUAUUUGUGAGACCAAUAUCUCAUGAUAGUUUAAUGCCAAAGACAAAAUCAAAGGUUUGCAUUUUGAGCCGCAGUUUUUGCAGUUAAUAAUGAAACUAUUUUGAUAAUCGGUUCAUUGUUUUGUUUUGUUUUUUAAAUCAGCCAGAGUUGCCUUACAGUUUCUGUUCUGUAGUACGUGUCCUGAUGGUGAAGCUCAGAGUCCAAAACAGAAGAGUAGAUUAGUACACACCAAUGAAGCAAAGUAAACGGCUGUAAUCUUACCUCAGACUAUUAAAAUUGUGUCAAAAAAUGUAAAGAACUUUAAUAGGAUGAAUGUAAAACAAAUCUUUUUUUAAAAGUGUGAUUAAAAACUGCUGCGGUUUGUGCACAAAUCUGAAAGUUGUUGCCAAGGGAGUGUGCAAAAGUUUCCUGUGGGCUACUUUCCUUUUCUUUCUUUUAAUUUAUGAGACCACCUGCAGAUUACAGAAAACCUAGACUUUAGAAAAACAUUCAUUUCUCUAUUUUAUGAUAUUUUCCAAGCAAAGAAGUCAAACAGCAAAUUGAGAAAAGAAUAAACAGAUAACUAAAUAAUGAGAAUCACUGAUUUUUGUUGAGCUACUUGAGCUAAACAGUUUGAAAGAGAUAGUUGAGUGAAUAGAAAAUUAUAUAACAUGUUGACGUGUGUUUCAGCAGUGCUCUGUGGUUGGUCUCUAUCUGCUGGUGAUGCAGAAACUACUCUGGUUUGACAUUUGACCCCGUGUUCCCAAGUUUACAAAUAAGUCUCAUGUUUUUUCUGACAGCAAGGUGAACUUAUGACGCAAGGUUAAUGCACUGCAAAAACUCAAAACUUAGCAAAAGUUUUGAUCUUAUUUCCAGUAAAACAUGUCUGUUAGACUUAAUAUAAGCCAGAUUUAGUUUAUAAGUGCAGGUUUAAGGAAAAAAUAACACCCAGAAUGCCUUAACCAAUGGGAUAAGAAACAUGUAUAACUAUCAAGCAUCUUAAAAUAAGAUUGAAGUUUCUUGAAAUAAAAAUAUCUCAAUUCAAGAAACUUAAAUCUUCCUCCUACGAGGAGCUCAGGUGUUAUUUUUGUCUUGUAAAUUCUUGAGAUAAGAUGCUUCUUUGGGCCUGUCAGGUGAGUCCAGCUCAUUUUUAAUAAAAAAAAGAUAUCAAUUAAAAACACUUUCUUGGUUUAGAGUUUCUGCAGUGACAAACAAAACCUCUGUCUGUUCUGUUGUGAGGAAUUUUUAUUGGAUUUCCUCUGGCAAAAUAGUUAGUCACUGCAUCAUGGUUUAUUUUCAUGCUUCUAAAAAUUUUUUUUAUUGUUCCUUUUUUAAUAUUUGUUGUUUAUCUUUGCAGUUCCCAUUUGACAUCAUUUCUCAUUUAAUCAAGGGGUCUCUUUGUGUGUGAACAGGAUAAGGUGGCUAACACAUGGUGCAGCUUGAACAUCCUGAUAAAGAUCAGAUCCAUCCUGUCCAGUGACACUCAGAUCUACCUCAGGUAAUCCUCCUCUCUCUCUCUCUCUCUCUCUCUAACAAGCUCUGAUUGUUUACUCCUCUUAUCUUUCAUCCUUUUUCUUCUUUCUCUUUUUUGUUUCAGUCUGUUCCUGUUUCUUAAUUUAGACUUCUUUCCUCUUAAAUUUGCAAUCCUUUCAUUUCCUAGAAAGAAGACAUUUCUGGAUCAUGAUCUAGUUUGUCACUGAUUGGUUAAAAUAAAACACUGCCUCGAAGAUAAAUCUUGUGAGGAGCUUUUGGACAGGGUUUUACAGCUAUUUUCAGAAUAAUGGUGUACUGUGGUGAAAUUACUCAGGACGACAAAUAUGUUACAUACAGAGGGGCAGAGUUAUUUAACAUAGUUAACUUUAACAUUAUUAACUUAGUGCCAGUAUGCUCCCAUCAUGCUGAUCCACAGUGCUCAGAUUUGUGAGUAUUUCAGCUAUCAGUAUUUGGAUUUCUCUCUGUAUUUCUCUCUGAUUUUUUUUUUUUUAUAUAAUUAGUGCUAUUGUAGUACUGUUUAUUUUCCUUGAUUGUUUACAGUUGUACAGUGUUUACUCGCUGCUUUAUUUGCCUCUAAUUGCCCCCCAGGGACAAAUACAGUUCUUCUAAUUGAAUUGAAUUUUACUCAAAAAGUUUUCCCCCCAAAAAUGAUCAAAUCAGCAUCAAAGAAGCUCAAUACUUUCCUUUGAACCACUCUGCAGCUUAACAUUGCAGUUUUUUAUAAUAGAUUUUGAUAUCAAAUUACUCAAAAAAAGAAGUUUCAGUAGAUGAAACAAAAGCCAAAAGCCAAAACUAGAGUCAAACCGUAAUACGGUAAAAACCCAGACUAACUUUCCCCUCCUGCUGCUCUUCAGAGCAUCCAAGGUAUAAUCUGGAUGAAUAACUUUGACCAGAAGCUCCGAACCUAUCCUGAAAUCGAUGCACCAGUCGUGUCAUGGUGGACUCUGCUUCAGUAACGGUGCUCUCUAAAUUUAGGAGUCCUGCAUUCGCAGCGUGGACACGUUUCUUGCAGACUGUUAAAUCCAGGGAUCAACUCGGACUUCGUUGACUGUUGUGCAUUGCAACAAAUGAAAAAUGCACUUGUGUUUUUUGGCGCUGCGGGUGGAUUGCUAAAUACUCUGGAGUGUUUACGCAUAGAAUGAACCAGCUGUGAGAAGUUAUCUAUGUCUUUUCCGGACCUCGAAACCCUGCCCCAUACAGGACACAUGCAUUGCACAUAUGCUUUUACGAAGCUUGAUACUAUGCAUCUAUUGAGAUUAUCUUUCUAGUUCUACAAAUAUUUAGUUGCCCUCGUAUAUUGCCUGACCUCUCGGCGCAUUCACACUGACACGUAUUCACUCAUAUUCUCAGUGCCUCCACCCUCAGCAGGUGACAAUUGAAGGGUUAAAAUAAUGCCUGCGAACCCUCAGAAGGGGGCCACUAUUUCUCACAUAGCACGGGUCUUAAGGGGUGUUUUAAACAUUCACAGUUAGAUCACGUUUCAACUUGUUGAUUCUACGCAUUUGAUGUUGAAAUCACAACAGCUGAAUCUUGCUUUUUUGUGUUGAGUCACUCAUAAGAAGCAGGCUGCUCCUCAGUUAAGUAGUUAUUGUUUCCCUUAAAAAGCUGUAUCAGUGCUAGUUACUCUUAAAAAUAUGAUUAUUAACAUUGCCUACGAAUUGAUUUAGUAACUUUUGUAAAGUUUGUGAAGUUGUUUUUCUGCUCCAAGAAACUUUUUUUUUUCCCCAUAAUGUAUCAGCUAAUUUUGUUUAGUGUGUUGAUGCUUUUUGAAAGUGAAGAUGUGUGAAAAUCUUACUUAAAGUGUUAAUUUUUAUCUAUAUUUUAGUGCUGCCUGCACUCUCUUGGCAGUCCUACCUUCCUGCCUCAGACUUCUGACAAAGCCAAACUUCUUGCAGUUUAAACUUGCCUUGGUGAGUCAUGUUUACUUACAGAUCCAUCCAAGUAUUAAAUAUCUGUAACUAUUAUGACUUUAUCCCACUUUUUAAACUUUUUGUAUGUCACAGUCUUGCCUAAAUCAGUGUCAUAUUACUCCAUUAUCAUUGCCCUUGUUUAUAUGUUAGUGUUUCUUAACUGAAACACGCGUUAUCCAGCCAAAAACAUGCUGAUAACCUCCCUUUCACUUCCAGGUUAAUUCAUCUCUUGCAUUUUUCCUCUUCUCCUACCAAGUCCAUGAAAAGUCUAUCCUCUUGGCUGCCUUGUAAGUACAGAGGUAAUACCAGUAAUGUCUCACUGGGUGAUUUAUCAACUUUAACAGCAGCACAACACUGUUUCUGUCCGUCUGUCAGCUCAUUUAUUCAUGCACAAAGACUUAAUUUUUCCAUCUGCUCCCAUGACUCAAAUCACAAUUUAUGUCCUGCAGCUUAAAAACGAGUUUAAAUCAUGCACGCUAUCACUCUGCCAUACAUUCAGAGCUGCAGAGAAACAGUCUCUUUGAGUAUAAACUUGCACACAAAGCCAAAACAGGUCAUAUGUAAUAGAGUAAGCGCAGAACUUUUACAAGUGCAUGUGUGUUAGAUUCAUUACCAUUAAUCUCCAUAUGUAUAAAACUGCAAAGGCUGUAGGUAAGAAAGUGAAGUCGGGCGUAGGUUUGACACCAGGGGAUUUGGUUCCUAGAUCUGGGCUCAUCUAUUAAUCUAGAUUAGGGUAGAUUGUUGCUUUAUUAACUAUUGAGUUAUAUCUCCCACCUGUCCCCCUGAAUCAAUCAGUAAUGCAUGUCCAGGGAUUAGGAAAGAAUGGCAGGCGGCAGCUCGGGGCGUUGUUUGCGCAGGAUCAAUUAUUGGGCUGUAACAGGAUCGCCAAAGAGCACUGGUUGUAAUUAUGGGCUCAGAGACCGGCGGAAAGUGCCCACCUCAGAGCACAGUGUACAACAAGCACCGCCUAACAAUGACGCAGGCAACCAGUUCAAUUAACAGCAGGCUCUCACUGCACAGACACACGCUUACGUGCUAUGAAGUCAUGAUUGUAACAUCUGAACCUCUUGGCAACUGAUCCAAGGUCUUCAGUUUUUUAAACUGAACACUGGAGUUCAAGUAUAAGAAGGAUUAUUAAUUACUGAUUAUGCGGGACAACAAACACUUGACUGUCUUGUGAGGGACCGUCAACAAUCGAUUCAUGCGGCUGUCUCAUCCAGACAUCGGCUCAGUUAUUCUACACGCAUGAUAUCAUUUCACACCCUGUUUUGACCUUACAUGGCCUUAUUCCCUGUUGUAUUGUGAAAUCACAUUAAGUAGUACUAUUUGUGGUUAGCAGUAACUAAAAUGAACUUUGAUAUUUCCAGGCCUGCCUGUCUCCUGCUGAACGACCUCCCUCUAAUGGUUAUUUGGUUUCUGCAGGCCUCGACAUUCAGGUGAGACUGUGGACCACACACUGAACAAAGACAGUACACAUGGAUUUGGGUUGGGUCUUUAUGAUGUUGGUGUUGAUAAUACAUUUAUAUAUUUUUCUAAAUGUAAUGUAGUUGGGGAAAUAAUUAGAAAGGAUAAUAACAUUGAAAAAUGCAAACUGGAAGGGGAACGAGCCAUCUUUUUAAACCUAAAACUAAUGAAAGAUUAAAAAAUUCCUCUUUUACAACUGUAUAAAAAGCUAAAAGGUUUUGCCAAGUCACUGCCAUAUUGCUUUUCCUCCCUUAAAGUAGAGUUGGAAGUAUGCUACUAUUGUUUUUGCCCCAUGGCUGGAUUAUUGUGUCAGUAUAGGGUUGGGCGAUAAAACGAUAAUGAUAUAUAUAUCAAAUAUUAAUUCGAUAUCGAUAUGAAACAUGGUCAAUAUCCUUUUUGAUUGCCAGUUUUCUGCCAUGUUUUGGUAGACUAUACAAACAGCCAGUGGAAAAGGGAAUUGUUCCGGGUCUGCGCUGCACUGAACCGACCAUUCAGUCCGCUUUCUCUAGCGCAAUGCCUUACAACAAAACGUCAAAGAGACACAAAGACCUCACAGAUGCAGUAGCUUAUUGUAAUGCAAAAGAGCAAAAAGCACUGUUAAAUUUCAUUUUUUAUCUUGUGAUAUAUAUCGAUAUUCCCAUAUUUUCCCAUAUUGCCCAGCCCUAUAUCAGUACUAUAUUCAUUCCUAAACAAAUACAAAUCAACCUACAGCGAGUAAGCUUAGCGUUUUAGCUGGAAAAUGCCGCCCACCACUUUGAAGCACAUUUACUAACACUUCAUCUUAUUUAUUCAAUCCAUAGAAAGCUGGAGUGUGAAAAUUGUUUGGAGGUUUAAUUUUAACAUAUUGAGCAUCCUUUGUUCCAUUUUUACUUUAUAAAAAGAAUCAGCCGAUCAGGUCAAGACUGACAAAUUAGCUCUGGUUUUGGUGGCAUUUCCCUUUUCAGGAUUUCUUAUCUUUGCCCACUUUUAAGUGGGGCAGCUGACAUUAGCUCAGACUGCUGCUCGACAGAAGUAAACACUCUUAUCAGGGGUUCACAUCACAUUGCACGGCAUCUUUGUUUUUGUGUUUACAGACAUUUCUAUUUAAAAGAAAAAAAACAGUCACCAGUUACUAAUGAUGAGAACACUUGGAUGAAAAUUACCACAGUCGAGCCAUUACUGCUGCGGUGGAUUUCUUGUAAUAUAAAUGCGUGCCUCUCGAGGAAUAAGCUACACUUGUUAGCCAAACUGACACAAAUACAAUAUAAAUAUCUUGAAUCUGUCAUUUCUUUUCCAUGCCACUUCCCCUCCGUCUCCUACUCCUACCCUCAUUCACUACAAAUUGAAAAACGUCCUCAAAAGCUAAAUGGGUAUACGGCAUGGGUUGAGCUGAGGACCAUGAAUGGAAAAGACAAGUAGUGCUGCAAAUGCUCUGUCUAACUUUCACCAGCUGUUGUUAAAUUCUUCCGGCAGCACUAAUUGUUGUGCGUGUGGUUUAGUAUAAGGAUAUCUGGGGAUUACAUGGCAUAGUCUGCAUGCCUGCUGUCUAAGUGUGCGUUGUGGAGGGACAGGAGGUCAUUCUGUAGCUGCCUUUCAGUACAGUCUAUCAUGAACUCUAACAUUAUCUACAUCCUCUGGGGACUGCCAUUUAAAAAAAAAUACAUCUUUUGUUUGCAUAAUUGGCUUAAUGGAUACUCAACCAUAGCAAUUUUAAGAGAACAGAAUGCAGCCAGUCUUUUCAAAUUGACCAAGUAUGUAUUUCAAAUUGUCCAACGUUCAUCCGCUGAAUGGCACUUUUCUGUUCAAGUAAAAAUCAGAAUACGACUUUUGUUGCGAGCGGAUAGGUUUUUACAAGCCGGGGUGAUGUGCAAUUCGCUAUGAGUCAACUGUUGUUCUUGUCCAUGCCCCCUCUGCUAAACUAAGAUAAGCUUGGCAUGAAUGUCAGAGCAAACUCUUCCCAGGGGACGGGCUGCGUGUGCAGGCCUGCUGCAUAGAAAGCUGUGUGGUUUACUGUUGCCCUUUUCUCAACAAACAUGAUACUGGACUUAAUGAUGUAAUGUUGUAUGUACAUACAAAAAUAUCAUCAUCAUCAUCAUACUUUGUAUAUUUUCCACGGGACAAGUGUGCGUUAAAGAGUUUGCAUGUUAAUGGGAAAGAGAAAUGGAUAUACUGACCAAAUUAAAAAAGUGGGAUGGUGUGAAAAAUAUUGAUAAGAGCAGAUUUUGAUUGUUUGCAAAUCGAUUAGACUCUAUUUGAUCGAUGAUCAUGCAAACGCAACGUAGCAAGUCUUACUAACUGAAAAAUUACUGUUGAUGAAUACAUGCUCGUUUGAGAUUUGAUACCGGUAACAAUUUAGACAGAGUUGGGACAGAAACAACAAAAUAUUGAGAGAAUUUGUUAUAAAACACCUGAAGGAACGUCUCUUAAAAUUGCAACCGGUUAGUAGCAUGACUGAGUAUAAAGACAGCAUUUCAGAGAGGUGGAGUCUCCUAAAAGAAGAGAUGGGACAAUAGUUGAACAAUAUCAGAUAAUGUUGCUCAGGCGCUGCACUAAAAACAGACGUGACUCUGUCCUCAAAAUCACUUCGAAAAAGCACUUUCUGUGAACACGGUUUGUCACUACAUCAACAAAUGCAGGUUAAAACUGUACCAUGGGCAUGAUUCAGAAACACUGGCACCUUCUCUGUGCCCAAGCCCGUUCAAGAUGAACUAAGGUGAAGUGGGAAAACUGCCUUGUGGCCGGACAAUUUAAAAUCGACAUUCUUUAUGGAAAUCAUGGAUGCAGCAUCCUUUCCUUUUCAAGAUGAACAGACUUGCUCGUUAUCAGACCGUACAGUACAAAAGCCAGGAUCCGUGAUGGUGGGGACGCACAUGUGCCUGUGGCAUGUGCAGCUUACUCAUCUGAGAGGGCAUACUACAGCAAGAAAGUGCCGAACCACUUUCUGCAUGUAUCACAAUAGCAAGGCUGUGUAGUACAAGAGCCAGGGUGCCAAACAGGCUUCUCUGUAGCCCUCAUUUGUCACCUACUUAAAAUAUUUUACACAUUAUGAAAACAAAAGACAUGACAAAAGAAAAAAGAAAAAAAAGGGAACAUUUCACUUUCAAAACUCAAGAAGUUGACAUCUACAUUCCUCUAACUUCCAUACUUUUGUGAAAAUAGCAGGUGGUGUAUCAUGAUGAUAAAAGCACCUCUCCCCAAACUUUUUAGAAACAUGUUACUUAAAUCAAAUUUAAAAUGAGCGUGUAUUUUCAUAUUCUUUAAUCCAAUAUUUAUUUUAAUGAUGCUCAACCUAUGAAAGCCUUUUUUCGCAGAAACUUUUUGGGAAUUGAAGUUGUAGUUUUAUCAAACUUUUUACUGUUUUUUUCCUACACAUCUCACCUCCUAAAGUGAAACUGAAGCAGAAGUAGAUUAGACUUGCAUUUUCUCUAAAGGCCAGCAGAGGGGUGUAACGGCGGGAAGUUUAACUGGAUCGACUGUAAGAAAAUAGUGAAAUAAGCCAACUAUUUUUAGUGAAUAUUAUUCUGAUAUGUUUUUGGUUUUAGUUGUAACCUUCGUGUCUUUCACAAAAAGAUGUUUAUUUGCUAGUUUAGAACAAUAUCAUUACAAAGAGAGGGUUUACUUUGGGCAUGGCUCCCUGUAACUAACAAGCUGUUGGCUAGCAUGCUGUCAGCUACGAUAGGAAAGCAACAAUACAUAUCUGACAUUUGUCUAUGGUCACUUCUGCCUCCAAAAACAAAGACAGCAAUGAUUACAAUACCGAACUCAAGCCUUCACAAACCAGUGGGUGACAUUAAGGUGAGCAUGCCCGCUAUUUUUGUACAGUCUCAUUUGUAAAUGAACCCUUGUUCAUUGUUUGUCCUUCUGUGCAGCAUGCUACCUCUUCUUCUGAAGGACGGUCUGCUCGUGCCCUACAUCGUAACAUCGCUGGCCUUCCUUUUCUUGAGCAUCUACCUGCUGUCUGCACUGGAGCGCUGUACAGAAGAACAGCUGAGACUCAGAGCCUAUCAUAAGCUGAUGUUCUUCCUGCCCAAACUGGACCUGGCCUGUACUGUAAGAUGGAAAGUAAGUUUAGUUUUUAUUCCCUUGUAAAUUUGUCUGGCCAUUUGGACAGAUUCAGGUCUCGCCGGUCACAAAUGUUCAUAUAGGGAUGGGUUUUAUAAAACAUAUGCAGCUUUCUCUGUACCUUCAUUUACUACUUAAGUGGCCACUGCUGAUAUGAGAUGUCCUGAAUCAUAUCUGCACUUUUUUGUGAACAAAUUAUAAGUAUUGGCCAUGAAUCACAGACCAUGAAUUACACCAAACUUUAGCCAUGAAUUGGGUGUUUCGACCAGCUACCCAGGCUUUAGUUUUGUCAUGUCUGCCGCUGCUGAUUGUUUGCUCCUUGUACAAUCAUUUUUUUAUUCUCUGCAGUCAAAUAUUGACUUUGCAGACUAAUCUGCAUGUUCAAAUGGUUUGGCAAUACCAUGCUAUAUUAUUAUCAUAUUCAUGCAUUCAAAGAUCUGCAGGUCAAGAGAAAUAAAUGCAUCUUUGUAAAAAAAAAAAAAAAGAGAGAGAAAGAGAUAAUAGUUGUUCAGCAGAGGGGCAGAUUUUAAAAAAUGGCUGUAACCCAGACUGCCCCUGAUCUGCCAGCUGAUUUCACUGACGAUAAAAUUUUCCUUUUUGGCUCCAGACUAGGAGCCUCCAACUUUUCUGCCACCGCCAGUUUAUACGACCUGUUUUAAUGAGCUGAGAAAAUCUGAUUCAUUACUACACCAAUGCUAAGCACAACAACAACAGAAAGAGGUUAACUGACAAAGUAAUGUUUGUUAACUUUUUACAAUGUCAACUCUUUGGCAACCAGAAGUAAAUUAAAAUUUGUAAAAUGAUCAAUUAUAAAGGAUGAAAGACUUCUGAUGUGUGGUGAAGCACUGUUGUCAUAAUACAGGGUUGGUAGUAUCGACUAUGGCAAGACUUUAGUUUUUCAAAUCACCCUAUGAAGAGACACAAAUGAUUCUUGUGUCAAACUGAUUGGGGAAAAAAGAGUUUCUUACUGACUCGUGUGUCUCAUACCAUGUUGUGUAAGCAAAGAAAGCAUUGCUCCAACAGAAAACAAAGAGGACUUUAACUCACUGUAAUUUUGAUUAAACGGUUUCUAUGUGUCACAUGUUGUAAGUCAAGCUGCAGGGUUUGAGGUCUUUAGACCGCUGGCGGCUACUUCUGUCAUUGCGGUUAAAGCUGUAAUUUGUUGUUUAUAUAAUAAAGGUCAUGCAGAUAACAUAAUAUCUAUAAACACCAGUGGGCAAGACAGUGCUGAAUCUCUGCACCAUACUUAUGCACACCCAUAAGUACUUUUAACAGCUAUGUGGAUGAGAAUAUCUGUUUGCUUCAAGUGCCUAAAAGUAUUUUUACUACUCAAAAAAGCUCAAGAAUCACACAUUUCUGAUUCUACAAAUAAAUUCACAAAAAGUCCUCUAAAGCCAAUUUGUCCGUCAUUAUUUUUUAAGUUUGAAAACUGGUGUGAGGGGGUAGUUGUCAGUCCAGAAGCUGGAGAUGUGGUGCUGUUUUACAGUUUUCAAACAAGAUAUUAAAAAUAAGAUGAUAUAUUUGACUGUCAAAAGUUAGCAGGGUGAGAUUGUUUGCCAGAAGUCACUACUCAAGGACUUGCUUUGUCAAAAAUCACACAAACUAAAAGUUUCUCACUGGAGUUUUGAUGAUAUGCUUAACCUCAUGGUAACUGGUGAUGUCUUGCAAAGAUGAUGUUGUUUAAUAGUCGAAUGAAGUUGCGCAUCCCAAGUCACCAAGAUGAGUUUAUGUUUUUCAGGGCUUGACAGGUCUGAAGAAUAUGAUUAAAAAGAUACUUUUGUUCUUGCUCAGUAUACAUUUGCAAAAAAGAAGCAUGAUAUUUGUGAUUUAAUCAAUCAUCCUCUCCUUUUUUCUUCUAUGCGCAAAGUCGACGAAAAAUAAAGUUUGAAAGAGAAAUCGGGGAAGUGCAGCUGAUGUUAAUAUAAGAAGAAGGGUACAGAUUUCAGGACCUCAGGGUGGCCUGGACUUAGAAAAUGGCACUAGACCUAAAUUGCAGCCAUGUGAGAAGAUAUACCCAACUGUAUAAAUAAAGAUCAUGUGCCACUGUAAGCUGUGUAAGCUGUCCAGGGAUGAAAGCCGCUGCCAGGCAAAGAAUUAUUUAUCACUUAUUUAAGUUUCCACAGCGUCUGAAGUAGCUGCACCGUCGGCCCCUUAGCGACAGGGGCACUGCUAGGGUGUCAGAGAUUAAGAGAAGGUGUCUUUUUAUAGCAUGUGUCAUUAACACAGGUUUGCCUACAUAUAUUUAUUUACACAAGCAGCAUAAAUAGCAAGCCCCGAUGAUGACGAUAAGGUUUCAUGGGUUUGGGGUGGCGAGGUGUGUAUGAGUACGAGGUGUUUCCUCCCUCUCACUCACGGACUAACUCUGGGUCACAAAGCCCAAAUAGACACAUAAACAGUCACAGUCUCUGUAACACAGAAUAGUAAUGAAGCCAUUCUAACGCGCACUUUGGUGAGCCUUUUUUAUCAUCUUUAAAACAUAUGGUGUAAGUCAUCCAGUGACAAAUAUGUGAGCUUUGAGUUCUGCUUCAAAUUGAAUCAUUCACUGGUUUGAUCACAUAGUUACACUUCCAAUUAAGGGAAAAGAUAACCGCUUGUACUUAGCCCAAAGCCUUACUGUCCUUUUACAAAGAGGACUUUCAUCGCUGAAUUAUCAAUUCUGUCAUCAUCAGUAAGAUCUGCGUAUGUAAAACGAGUAUUCCCACAGUUUGCAAACAACAGAUAUCCUCAAUGCCAUGUAAUAAGCAAACCUUUAAAAAUUUGGGGGCCUGCACCUUUGAUACUUUGUCAUAUUUAUUCGCUCCAUGGUUGACUACUGUGCUGCAGGGCUUUUUCUUUCAAUGAUAAUCUGCCUCCAAACCAGGGCUGCACAUUUGAGAGCAAAUUCAUUACUGCAACAUGAGCUAUGGCAAUAAACUGCUUCUGAUUUAAUCACGUUCAAUUUAAUGUUAUUUUGUGUGAGAAGGCAAUGCUUCCUCACUGAGUGUGUGUACAUUUGACCUGCUGGAUCGCUGCCUUAGUAUGACGGCUGUACUUUUACACCAUUUUUGUUAAUUCUAGUUAGAUCUCAAAUUUCCAGAAUAUUAAACACCCCUACUGUUAUCCCACAUUACAUAGUUUUCCAAUAUUAUAUAGGCCUACUCUGAAUCUAACUGAGAAAAACAAAAUGAUACCAUCAGGCUGUCUUUUUCAAGCUAAAGCAAAUUUCUUGUUUGUCUUUAUUUCAGUUCUACAUCAGCAUGGCGGUCUUGGCCACUCUGAGCGUUGUGAGUGUAGCGAUGGUUCCUCCGCCACAUCUACCUGACUUGUUUCCUGUGCUGGUCUCUACUGUAUCUUUUUGCCACUUCCUGGGGACAUUCGUAUAUUUCAAUGUUGUCCAGUUCAGCGAGCCAACCAGUAAAAAGAGCCAGAAGAAGACCAACUGAAUGGAGCCAAAAGUUCUGAUAGAGUGAACACGGCAGGAAAGUUUUGGUUAUUUCUGCUACUCUGUUGGGAAAGUUUGAGGGUUUUCAUGUGUGCCAACAUGAACCCAGAGCAAAAACCAAAAUAUGUUUGCUGGAAUGGUUGGUGGAACGGUUGAUGAGACAGUUAAAUUGCAACAAUAAAAAAAAGAACAAAUUUUUGGCAGAAACACAUGAUGGUUCCAUCUUGUCAAAUAUUGCAAUGUUCUCUGUGUCCUCUUCUUGAAUUAUACAAUUUUUCUUGUUUCUGACCCAUUAUUAGAUUAUCAUUAUUUCGUACUGUGAUCAUUAGUAAUAAGCGCUGCACAAAUACCAAAUGUGGCAUAUUAGGCUGAAAACUUGUAAAACGCAACAAAAAUGUGAACUCAGAGCAGCAGUGAGACCAAUUUAGAGUAAUCAGUGGUACUAAUUCUUUAACUUGGACCAAUUAAAUCAGUUUUCUUGUCUAUCCAGUCUAUCUUGGCUCUUUUUGAUAAACAACAUGUGUUACUCUGCAUGAACUGUAAGGUUUUUUAUUAAAACUGUUUUGCCUGGACCAAUGAUUUUUGACUCUGUUUUGAAACUAUAGCAGGCCAAUCUCUCGGAUACAAAUAAGCAGCCUGAAGCCAGCGCUCACAUUUGGGCUUUGAUAGCUCUGUGCCUGUAUGAUCGAGCUAGGAGGUGGCCACAAUAAUAGGAACACCUUAAUGUUGAGUUGGUGUCUCGUGCACUGGGACAAGUAUUGAUUGGAUCUUUUGCUAAUUCAAAGCUAUACUUGAAGAUGGUGCUAUACAUAGUAGUAUUAGUUGUCCUGUUAUUGUGUCCACUCUUAGUACCUUUUUCGGGGUUUACAAUUUGAUGCCUACUUUAUGGGACCGGACUCGGGUUUAUCAUCAUCUAUUCAUGUGAACUUUUUAAAAGGUUUUCUACUGUAUAUUUUUAUCCAUCGUUGAAGUAAUUUUGUACAAACUUGUGAAAAUAAAUAAAAAAUCUCAAUGACCUGAAGUGAACAUGGAUUUUAUUGCCAGGUUGUAAAAUGAUUAGAUUUUGAGCAGCUUCAUAUAAACUGUCUACAUUUACCAAGUAGCCUCGCUAAAUCACCCCUAACAGUCUGGCGGAGACAGAGCCAAUAAUUGGACAGAAAUUAUAUCUUUCAAAGCUUUUACUCAACAUCAUUAAAUAUUCAUUACCAGUCCUGGAUACUACAAGGGUCCUGCACAAAAGACCUGUUCAUUUAAAACAAAACCAGCGACAGGACAGGCCUUAAAAAGAGAUGAUGGAAGGUGACAUAUCUGAACAUAAUGCCAUAAAAGUUGAAAUACCACAGAAAAAGGUACAAGCAAUUUCUUUCUCCAAUCUCUGAGCCAGUUAAUGACAGGCAUAAAAAAAUCCAUUACAACUAUAAAUGUUAUCAGGUCAGUGAGGGUUGCCUGUGCAUCUGAGGCUCCAGGCUGGCAGCCAAUAAAGGGCCACAGGGACAAAUAGGAGCCCGAGAUCUGAGUUAACUGUUACUAGAGGGCCGCAUGGACACAAGAGGGCAAUAAGAGGUGGCGUGAAAGGCGCUGGUUUGCCCUUCUGCUGCACAUGUUUGUACAAAGUCAUGUCAGUUCAUUCAGUAAGAUGUUAGACGGGUAUAUUCAUACUGUAAGUUUUAGUAAAGCUGUGGUACAACAUGCCUGAUUUAAACAAUAGAAGAAAAGAACUUGAACUCAACACACCUUAAAUACUAAUGGUGCAAAAAAUAAGUAUCAAUGACAUAUAGGUUCCCAUAUCAAAUGAGGAACUUCAGUUUUCAAGAGGGAUCUUGCUAUACCCUUUAAAAUGUAUCUUUUUUUUUUAGUCUUGAUUGGUUGAAUCAUUAAUUAAUCAAGCAAAACAAAUUGUUUAUGUUGAUUAGGCAAAAAUCAGUUGUCAACCAUAAAUCUGUUUUUUGGAAUUUGAAAGAAAUUUCAUAAACUUGGUUAUUCAUUGAUUUAAGAUACAUAAUUAUUGCCAGUGGGGAACAUACUUGCAGUGUAACAAUACAAUCUACAGUUUGCAUGAACCUAUGCACUGCAUGUUGUCAGGCCAGUGAUGAUAAAGCUGAACAAAAACAGUAUUCAAUGAAUCAAAGUGGCUUUUCUGGCUGUGUUUACACAUCUUUAUGACUGCUGUUUAAGCACAGAACAGGCCUGCAGUUCAAAACUUACUGACAGUGUUUUUCAUUCAACAUUUUAAGUCAAGUAUUAACAAGGAAACCACUGGUGAAACUAAGUGUUAUUGUGUUUGAGGCAUGGACUAUAAAAAACAUGGACAUGAUGGUAGUCUUUAUGAUGCAACCUACUAAUUUCCAGCUUCUUUUAAUCUUUUUAUUUGGGCUUCUAAAAGGUUAUUUUAACAUGGGGUUUAAUGGAAAGGGGUUGACAAGUUUGUAUAACAAAACCAGCACACUGGCCAAUCAAAGCCAGCUCACCUCUGCAGCACUAUGAACAACUAUUGCCUUCUACAGUACAAUAGUAUCACACCUGUUUAUGGAAACAGUUGAGAUUGUGUGACUACAAAGUUGUUUAUUAAUAGCACUGAUAUUCAUUACUCAUUUAUUCAAUAUAAAAAGAUAAGCCAACUCAACCUACUGACAAAAAUCUACCUGCAGCAUCACCUAAAACCACUAACUUGGCAACCCUGCUAAUGAGGAUUCUUUGACUUUUGCAACCAGUCCCAAAUGGACAGUCGAGCUUCUGCUUUAGUGCUUAAUUUUUCAACAUUACAGCUUAGUUUAAAGCCACAGUGAAGGUACUAACCCUGUCAGCAUCUCCACUUUGAUUUGUUAUUCUGAGUAACUGUCUCCAGUUUUGGGGGAUGUUAAACCUUGGACUUGGGCAAGUAAUAAUUUUACUCUGUUUAUAAGUUAAAGAGAAAACAUCCCUGUGAAACCCCAAGAUAAAUAUUAAAGAUUAUUAUCACAAGUAAAAGAAGAACUAACUUAUCUUACAGCUUGUCUUGAAAAGCAUUUGCAAAGGUAAGAGAUUAUUUGACGCUUCAGGGUUAGUGAGGGGGCUUUGAAUUCACCUCAGAUCCUUCUCUCAACCUCCAAGGGGGGCUUGUAUCAAAACAUUAGUUUUGUUUAUGAGCAUGCUGGCUUUGUCCUUCACGUGGCCUCUAAGGGUGAUAAAGUGAGAGUUACACGAUCCACCUUCGGCAGAAAUAGGAAAUGUUGCUGUGAACACCAGCUGUUGCGUAGGUCGACUCGGGCAGCGAGAGGCCUCGGCCUUCCCAGGCGCUGCCAAAUAAAGAGACUACUGUGUUGUGUGAGACAGUCCUCCCCCACCUUUACUUUUCAUAAGGUGUUAAACUGCGCAGGUGGGGAGGGGAUUGCAUAGUUUUAGCCAUAAAGGCGAUGAGGGUUGCCAUCUGAAAGAACAUUAUUUGCACAGCGUUGCAGCAUUGUGGUUAAUGUAGAAUCAACAUUUGUCAGCUGCCAGGCACAGACUCAGGCUGCUAGACGGGGUUCUAACAUGUCAGAGGAUUCGCUCCCGCAGUUUUUAGACACUUCUCCUGCAAAUGAAUGACGGCUUCCCAGACAUCUCAGCCUCACAGCUGACAGCACGGUUUCCACAUUCAUCUCCUGCCUGAUCUCCGCGGGAUCAUACGCACAAAAGGUGAAGAGCAAUUCCAUUAGCUGUCAACAGCAGAGAUGCCUCGCUAACAAAAACCAGGGGAAUAUAGGAGAGGAAAACAUGAUUGUAACCCCACUGGCACCUGGUGAUAUUAUACACACCACAGUCACUGUCAAGUUUUAUGCGCACAAAAAAGAUACUAGGAGGUAUUUUUUCAUAAACAAAUGUUAAGAAACCAAUGAAUGUCAUUUGAAAAAAUUAGAAAAACUCAAGUGGACUCGUGUAUUCUCAGCUCACAGUGCACUAAGUGGCCACUCAACUUACAAAUCCUAAGAGAGAAAUUAUAAACUCUGGAGUGAAUUAGCAAUAGAAAGUGGAAGUCUGUAUUUAGCAAUAGAGAAAAACCUACAAUUCGGUCUAAGAGCUACAGGAGCGACAGCAAUAUAAUAGGAAGAGAGCUGCUAAAUGUAAAGUCAAGUACAACCCUAAAACCGUAUCGUCAAAUGGGGCUACUUUAACAGUAAUGUGUAUUUGCAGAGGGCAAAACUAAGCAAAACUGGAGGGAAAUACACAUGGUGAUAGGUGUCAUGGGAGUCUCAACAUGUUGUUUUUCUGUGUUAUUGGGAUCAGACUACAGGUAAGUUUAAAAACUGCAAUUUUACUAUGUAUCAGUAUCCACUGUCCAUCAACAAAAUGAAGAAAAUGGAAAUUUACAUCAUGCGCAGAGCAAAUUUCAUGUAGCAUAUCACUACUGAUGUACAAAUAGAUGAUGUUAAAUUUCUAAAUUAUUAUUGUAACCCUCCAAUCAGAAAUUAUGGUGGCAUUCAGAGGAAUAUUGGAUUUCUCUGUAACUGUAACUUAAGCAUAUGGGUUGAAGUAAGCUUUGUGAACAGAACAAAACACACAAAGCCUUUGCUAUGUCAUCCCGCUGUAGUAAUCAACUACAACUAUACACGCAUCUAAUGGCUUGUACCACCUCAGUUUGUCCAUACUGUUCAUUUCUAAUUUUAUUUAAUCAAAUGAACUCAAAUGUCCAACCAUCGCACCUUUAAUUAUAAAAAAGAAAGUACAAAUAUUCAGUCAAUUAGUAACCAAAAGAGGGACAAGCACUGACAUUGUUUGGAUUAGCAAUAAACCUUAAACCAGUGCCAACUCAUUUCUAAGAGGGCUGCUACAGCUAGCCUAGUAGCAGCUGCGGCUUCUUCUUCAUCCCACCUCAAUUUU